UAGAUAACUUUGUGCUGGAAAUGGAGAUUAAGCAAGAAAGCGGCUGUUCUCAGCAAGAUGGCGUCAGGUGCACGUGCACCAAAGGAUUAGUCCGUCUGAAAGAGCUGAGAGCGAAGAACCUGUUAUGUGACGCGGUGUUGAGGUUGGAGGACGGUGGCGUCUUUCCAGUCCACAGAGUGAUUCUGUCGAUGUGCAGCGCUUAUUUCAGGACCCUAUUCACGACAACACUGCACACCAAUGAGGAGACUGAUGUCCUCCUCCACGGAGUCAGCUCAGACAUGAUGACCCAGAUACUGGAUUAUGUUUAUUUUCGCGAGGUGGACAUCCGCUCCGACAACUCGUGUCAGCUGCUCGUAACGGCUGAUUACUUGUGUAUUCCGGAAGUUACUGAACUCUGCUCCGACUUCCUAAAGGAAGCGAUGGACGCCGACAACUGUAUCGGCAUCUUGCUUUUCGCAAGGUUUCACUUCUUCGCCGACCUUGAGACUCACGCUCGUCGCUUCGUUCUGCGCCACUUCGUGGAAAUGUCUCAGCAGAGCGAAGAACUGCUGGAACUGCCUGCAGAGGAGCUGCAAGCGAUAAUCGAGUCCGAGGAACUGAACGUGCAAGACGAGAAAGUUGUGUGGGAGUGCAUUCUCCGGUGGAUUAACCACGACCCGGACAACAGGAGAGACCACAUCGCGGGCCUUUUGAAGGGCGUCAGACUGGGACUCCUUGACGAAAAGUAUUUCGUUGAGAAGAUAUCAAAUCACGCGUACGUGACGGAGUAUGAGGGGUGCAGAUCCGUGAUCUUGGAGACGCUCUCGUUCCUACGCGACGUGCAAAUGAUGACGAAUGAAGAAAACGAAGACAAGGAAUUCGUGACACCAAGGAUUGCCUACCCGCGGAUCCCACAGGACAUUCUUUUUGCUAUUGGUGGAUUUCGUUACGGAAGCCCGGAAUAUGAGAUUGAAAGGUCCCUGUCAGAUGUGAUCGAAGCGUACGACACACGAGCAGGCCGGUGGAGUGUGGUGGAGGGGGUCGACUCGUUUGGACCGCGAGUCUACCAUGCCACGGCAGUAAUCGGUUUCGACAUUUACGUCAUCGGUGGUUACGACGGCGAGGAAGAACUACGCUCAUGUCACUGCUUCAACGCUGUUAUGAAGACAUGGCGCGAGGUGGCGCCUAUGAAUGUCUGCAGAAGCGUUUUAAUGGUGGCAGUUCUGCGAAGUGCAGUGUACGCCAUAGGCGGUAGCUUUCACAGUGAGGAUACCAAAACGGCGGAAAGAUAUGACCCCAAGACGAACCAGUGGUCUUUCAUCGCUCCUAUGAACAGGAAAAGAUACGAUCCAAGUUCGGCUGUGCUGAAUG